GGCCCCGAUAAGAGGUUGUUCGUGUUCGUGCGCCGCAACGUUCGCGUUUGACGUUUCGUCUGGCGUUCUUGGAGACAUCUUCAAGGUGUGGUUUGUUGUUUUGGGUACUUCCUGAAGACCGCGAGUGCGAGUUCCGGUGGAAGGUUCGUGGAAGCGGUGAGGAGAAAGUUUCGGAGAAGUGAUCGUACGGUGAUCUCUCGAAAAGGGAGAAGAGAUCGGUGAAGAGCAUCUGAAGAAGUCGCGAUCAAGAAGUGAGCAGCGAGGAAAAAAACAAACAAACAGGAAAAACCAGCAGUGAUACUGAAAUCGAAAAGAUUUGUGGGCCCCCUUCGAAAAAAGAAAGAAGGUUGUGCCAACUUUGUGCAGAGUGUUUUGCGAAUCCGGUGGAGGUCAAAGUGAUGAUCGGGAAAGAAUUAUCUCGAAUGAUUCGCUAAAGUCAGCAGUUCAACGAGUUGAGGCGAACUUCGGUGCGAUGUGCCCGAUCAGCCGUAAGGCGAGUCCACCGUCUUGUACAUAACUUGUCUCUGACUUGACGUACACGCACUUGUUUGACUUUUAACGCCGUGCCAAAAGGCAACAACUACCGACUCUUCAGCGGGUUGAACGAUCAUCCGUGAACUUGCGGUACCAGAAGUAAAAACAAAAUCGAGAGCAUCCCGAAUCGGUCAUCCAGAGCGCGGCACGCAACUCCCGAAGAGGUGUCCGCGCGCCGACUUCCCGAAGAUAAUUUGAUUCACGCCGGCGAACCUGGCGAUGACUUGGGUCGAUGCAGCUGCUGCUGCCCGUUGAGUUAGUUUCGGUCAUCCAGAAGAAGAAUAACAAGAAGAAGAAGAAGUGCGCGUUGAAGAAGUGUACGAAGCUCCGAAGAAGUGUGUAGAAGAUAAAGUGAUUUUCUCGAAAAACCUGUUUUGGGGUCCCCACCGACGAGGAGGUCGUGUGCCGUGUGCGCGAUCUUCAGAGUGUAGUGGUGUUUGUUGUUCAGCAGUUACUGUGUGUUCUGGUGUUUGUGCGCGGAGGGCCGCUGAAAGGAGGUUGAACCACUUCGGCCGCCCAGCAAGUGUGUGCGCGUGGUAGUAUGACCGUAUCAACCAAGAAGUGAAGUAGCCGCGAGCGAACUUCCGCUAGUUUGGACCAACAUUUCGGGCGGUCCCGUCGUAGAAUCGUGAAAGUGAGAAAGUCCCCCGUAGCAGGGAUCCGGUUUUGCGGUGACCCCCACGACGGGUAGUGUGUAGAACCCUGGGUCAAGGUGGUCAAGAAGGUGGUGGUGGUGGAGGUGGAGGAGGUCGUGGCGGUCCUGGAGCAGUGCUACGUGCGAUGAUUCCGUGCGUGAGCUUGACCGAAACCAGUGUCCUUGGGAAUAUGAAAGAGCGCGUUAAGGAGAUGCGCGUCUUUGGCUGUCGACUCAACUUCUGGAACAAUGUUACCGCCAACUUUAGCAACAAGCACGGUAACGGAAGUUCACCCGCCCAAAACUCGACCCGCAGCAUCAGCCCCGCCACGCAGAGCCUCGGCGGCCAGCAGCAGCAGCCCCUGCCCCAGGCCAACGGCAUCCAUCUGCAGACGUCGACGUCCCAUCUCCUGGUGGGUGCGGGUUCCGAGCGGACACUCCUCCAACAGCCGGCCCAGCAGCAGCAGCAGGGUUCCCAGUCCCCUUCGUCGCUGCAGGCUGCCACCUCCAACUCCUCGUCCCAGCAGUCGUCCCAUUCACCGUCGCUGAGCCAUCACGGAGUGCAGCCGCCGCAGUCACAGUCAGCGCAGCAACCUCACCUGCAACACCAGCAGUCCUCCCAGUCACACCACCUCAACAGCAGCUCCAGCAGCCUCGGCAACAUUACGCCCACUUUUGCGCAGCCACAGUCCCCCAGUCACUCGUUCAAAACGGCGUCCAUCAACGGUGCAGGUCAUCAUACGAACGGAGGCGAGUUAAAUAUGCCCGGUGGUCCGACAGCAGCGCCCGGAACACCGAAUUCAAAGGCCAAGGAUGUCACACCACGCAUCAAGAUCGUGGUCGCCCUGUACCCCUUCAAGGCGAUCGAGAGCGGUGACCUGUCGCUGGAAAAGAACGCCGAGUACGAGGUGAUCGACGACUCGCAGGAGCACUGGUGGAAGGUCAAGGACCAGCACGGCACGAUCGGGUACAUCCCCAGCAACUACGUCAAGGAGAAGGAGCUGCUGGGGCUGCAAAAGUACGACUGGUACGUGGGCGACAUGAGCCGCCAGCGGGCCGAAUCGCUGCUCAAGCAGAACGACAAGGAGGGCUGCUUCGUCGUCCGGAAGUCCUCGACCAAGGGCCUGUACACGCUUUCGCUACAUACCAAAGUACCCCAAUCCCACGUGAAGCACUACCACAUCAAGCAGAACGCCCGGAUGGAGUUUUACCUGUCGGAGAAGCACUGCUGCGAGACGAUACCGGAUCUGAUCAACUACCACCGGCACAACUCGGGCGGACUCGCUUGUCGACUCAAGACGUCACCCUGUGACCGGCCAGUGCCACCGACUGCUGGGCUUUCGCAUGACAAAUGGGAGAUUCACCCCUCGGAGUUGAUGAUCCUGGAGGAGCUCGGCUCGGGUCAGUUUGGCGUGGUGAGGAGAGCCAAGUGGCGCGGUUCGAUCGACACCGCCGUCAAGAUGAUGAAGGUCGGCACCAUGUCCGAGGACGAUUUCAUCGAGGAGGCGAAAGUGAUGACAAAACUUCAACACCCAAACCUGGUCCAGCUGUACGGCGUCUGCUCAAAGCACCGACCAAUCUACAUCAUCACCGAGUACAUGAAGCACGGCUCGUUGCUCAACUACCUGCGAAGGCACGAGACGUCCUUGAUCGGUAACAUGGGACUGCUGCUAGAUAUGUGCAUACAGGUCUGCAAGGGCAUGUCGUACCUGGAGCGCCACAACUACAUCCACAGGGACCUGGCGGCCCGGAACUGUCUCGUCGGCUCGGAAAACACCGUCAAGGUGGCGGACUUUGGCCUCGCGCGGUACGUCCUCGACGAUCAGUACACCAGCUCGGGCGGCACCAAGUUCCCGAUCAAGUGGGCCCCGCCGGAGGUGCUCAACUACACCCGCUUCUCGUCCAAGAGUGAUGUCUGGGCCUACGGAGUCCUCAUGUGGGAGGUGUUCACCUGUGGCAAGAUGCCGUACGGUCGCCUAAAGAACACCGAAGUCGUCGAACGCGUCCAGCGGGGCAUCAUUCUAGAGAAACCAAAAGCGUGCGCAAAGGAGAUCUACGAUGUGAUGAAAAAGUGCUGGUCGCACGGUCCCGAGGACAGGCCCGGCUUCCGGAUACUCAAGGACCAGCUGGCGGCCGUCGCCCAGGGCCUCACCGACUAGAUCUGAUAUUCCUCAGACCAGACUUUCUAGCAAACGCGCGUACCGUACAUCUCAAACUCAUCAUCUGCACCCUCAACACACAGACGGACAGUCGGACUAGAUAAAACCAGCGAAUACCCACACAUUUUAUCUUACCGAGGACGAAACUCUGUUCGUUUUCGGCAAACUUACUAGUAUUCUACUCAAAAGUCACAAACACACACACAUGGUUAUUCCUAAAGUUGCACAAGGGAGUGAAAGAAGGAGAAGAACAACACCAUUGCGUGCAAUACAAUAAAACAGAAAAGAAAAGAAGUGAGGGCGGUCAAAACUCUAGAAAUAUCGUGCUUGUAUAAAAAAGAGUAAAAAAUAAACAAAGUGAAAACCUAUCCAUAUCUUUAAACGAAUAAAGGAAACAAGUAAAACUAGCAAAAGAGAAACCAUCUUGGAAAAAGAACCCGUUGUCUGCCACAAAAGAAGCCAAACACACAAACACACAAAAAAAGAAAUAAGAGACGAGACAAAACAGCAACACUCCAGUAAAAACAUAGACUUGUAAUAUAUUAUACACAGCGUCGUAGUAAAUUAACACAGUCAUUUCGUGUGGUCCUCCCAGAGCAAAAUGGGUGGAGGACCUCGCAACUUCCAUUCCUAAUACAGUAACUUCAAACUUCUCAUUUCAAACGUGUUUCAUUUUUCUCUGUCCCUCUCUCUUUCUCGAAAACAGUUGAACACUAAUUUUCAAAAUAGAGAAAAAUAAUAAUCAAAACACUUGCGAAAGAAUCGAGAAAAGUGGACUGAAAAGUGAAAGAUGAUCAAAAUAACACAGAAACACACAGACAAACAGACACACACAGCGUGUUAAAAAACAAUAAUUUUUCGUCAACUACUUAGUGGUUAGUGGGAAGCAGGGGAAGAGCCUAGGAGGAGUGAUAAAAGCCAGAAGACACGAGAGUGAUUUGAACUUUCCAUUUUUACUAGAACACACACAAACAGACACAGCUAGACAGAUUUUUUUUCCGUUUUGUUCUAAAGGGGAAAACAUAAACAAUUGCAAGCAGUUAGUACUAUAUUCGUAGUGAAAGGGAAGAAGAAAACAAGAAAGCAUAAGUGAUAUUUAAUAAUUUUAGUUUAUUUUUAGAGAGCGUUUAUUUAACUUAACCAUGUUUUUUUGUGCGUCUACUCAAAGGAAGAAAUAUUUUUUUGUUUUUUUUUUUUCAAGUACCGUUUUCACACAUCCCUUUUAUACAUAAAAACACACAUACAACAAUCAAAGUCAUUAAGUUCGGUUAAGAAAAGUUAGGUUUUGUGGUUUGCGCCAGCGCGCGCAUCUCAAAGUUUACAUGUUUAUGAUUUUUUUUUCUCCCUCUCUCUCUUUAGUGUUUUAUAGUGUAAGCAAACAACCAGGAAACAAUAAGCCGAUACGAUAAACAAUGUCACACCCCCAGCCAGAUAGUUAGCUCGCAGUAAUUAUCGAAUUGUCUAACCAGAAUGCAGUGAUUGGAAAGGUGUGCAUUUUGGACGGAACAGUGUUGAAAUCACAAACUAGGAAACACACUCACCAAUCACACUGUUGGGUCAUUUUAUCUCAUUUUGUUUAAAAAUAUGAAAAUAAUCCUCUACAAUUUGAAUUCCUAGUUUAAAAAUUAUCUCAAAGUUUUCACUUUUUCUGCUCAAAUUUGUAAUUUAAGGAUUCUUUUAAAUAACAGUUUGUUGCUCAUUUUUAAAUGAACUUGCAAACACUGCAAUCGAUGUCAGUUGGCUUUGAAAUUGGUACUACAAUUUGGUUGUUUUAUCGUGUGGUCCUUAUCAAAGCGAUUUUAACAACACAGAAAAAAAUGAACUUUGGAAGGUUUAAAAUUUGGUUUAUUGAAUAUUACCUCUUUUUUGAGUAAUUUUAAUUAAUUUAUUUUUAAUGUGAACCUGAUGAUAAUUUACCAGAAACUGAUGUAAUAUUAAACUUUUUUUUUGUCGCAGAAACUGUCACCAUUCCCUGUUGAAUAUUUAUUGCCAUCAUUUUUUUCUGUGAUGAAUCUACGAUCACAGUAGGCGAAACAGUUGGUUAGAAAACUAUGCAUGGAAUGUAGUUUUUAGGUUGAGAAAUAUUUAAGAUAGAUCAAAAUUAUACAGAAACUAAUUUUCUAUUAUUUUUUUGUGGAAAAUUCGAUUAUCUCAGACAAUAUUAUAGAAAGGCAUUCCGAAGAUCUUUCAAAUAAAAACAUUUUGAAGAUUUGACAAAACUGUCACAAGUUAUUUGAACUUGUGAAAUCAUGGAACUUUUCAUGGCUGUAUAUCGAAAAAAAAUAAUAUUGAAAUCGCUUCUUUUGUUCUAUACAUUUACAUUUACGAUUUUGUGUCAAAAAACAGUGUAAUAUUAAAUCAGUUUCCGGUGAAUUUUCGUCACAUUUUUUCGGUAACAUUACAAAAAAGGGGUAAUAUUCCACCAACUAAAUUAUUAACCUUUUAAAAUCCACCACUUUUUUAAAGAUAUUUUUAAACCUCAAACAAAGUAAGGGAAGCUUGUGAGUUAUUUUCAUAAAUCCAAAUCGAAACACCGCUUUUUGAUCAAUAUUUCUAAUUAUUUCGUUGGUCAGAUUCAGAUCUUUAAAAUGAACUUUGAAACUGUCUCUUUUUAGAAUGUAGUCCAAUUAACUCGAAAAUGAUUGUGCUUUAUAUAUAUAUUUAUUAUUAUUAUAUUAUUACAUUAUUUUAUAUGAUUUAAAAAUGAAAAAAAUGGUUUUGAUCGUUUAUUUAUUUUUAUUUUUUUGAAAAAAGGACCCAAAUAGAAAAAAAAAUAGUAAGGCGAGUUGGGACUACAGACAGUUGUAACUAGAAAAGCUAUAUUAAGAGCACGUAAAAGCUUAACAUUUUUAAAAUCGAUUUUCUAGCGGUAAAAGCGGAUUAAGUUGCCUUAUUGCAUUGCAAUUUUUUUAACUGUCAUGAAAUAUUUUUUUCGCAAUUUCGUUUUGAAAAUACUCACAUUUGCUGUCAUUCUAAAGUGACGAAAUGACCUAUCGUCAGAAAAAUAGCAAUGCUGAAAAUUUCAUUAUAGCACCCAUUUGCGUGCUGAAAAGUUUAACUUUACAGCACUUGUUUGAGUAUUUGAGUUGACCAAAUACACGGACAACAUUUCAUUAAAAAAACCUUUCAAACUUCUUUUUUCGGAAUUACAAAAAACAAAUUUAUAUGCAACUUGUUGCACAGUUCGAUUUUUUAGCAUUGUUUGUAUUUAUAUUACUCAGCAAAGCCUCGUUAGAAAACUAUUAUUGAAAUGAAACUUUUAUUUUAAAGUUAUAGUCAGAUGAACAAGCCGGAUUUUGUCAUUAAGGCUCGACUUUUUUAUAAUCAACCUGUUUCAGUCAAAUUUAUAUCAAGGUCCUCCAAAAGGAAAAAAAUAUAUUGCAAUCGAAAACUAAACUUUAAAGAGCUUGGAAAAUAUUUACUUUAUGUUUUUUUUUUUAUCUCCCCUUCAUUUGAUUAAUAAGAUAAAUACAUGUAAACAUUAUCAAAAAAAUAUCUCACUUUGCUUUAGAUACACGCAAAAGAAACAUGUUUGUUGAUCCAUGUUGUUGAUUUAUAAAACAAGAUAGAGAACCAGAACAACAAUUUGCUGCCGAAUUUUUAAUUUCGACCAACUGAAAAUUUGGUCCAACAAUUACAGGGAAAUUAAAAAAAAUCCUGAUACAUUUUGUAAAGUUAUUCCUUUUCUCACGAUAUUUAAUGCAAAUGAUUUUGAUCAGAAAAGUUGCAUCAGUUUUAUUGUCAAAUUUUAAGUUUUUUUUAUUGUACAAAAUGACAUUUUUUCGUAUGUUUGGCAUUUCAAUGUUCGGCCCUAUUUCCAUCAAAUUCGCCGAUUUUCGCUGCUUAUUCCAUUAACUGCUAAACUUUUGACUUGCUCAACUGAGCUAUUUGUUGUACCGUAAACUGGGGUCAAUCGGGACACAUGGGGCGAAUUGGGACAGCAGUUUUUACCAUGUUGGAGCACAAUAUUUUGAUUUUUCUGGUUGGUUUCGGUUAGAACAGACUCAGACCUACAAAAUGUGUACAUCCGUUUCUAAAUUUAAAAGCUUUAAGUGCUCUAAAAACUGCUGUCCCUAUUCAGACUGUAGUCCCGAUUCACCCCAGAUUACGGUAACUCCAUUUCAGUUGAAAACGCCUUUCAGAAACUUUAAUUGAACGUCAGAACGACACGUUCCAUUUUCCUUGCCUUUUUCUAAAAUUUAAAAGAAUUAUGAAAUAUUGUGAUUUUUGCUGUUAGUAAUUCGAUGCCUGUUUUCCAUAUCAAGUUAUCAUAAGAUAGCACAGGGGCAUCGAAAUCACAUUUUCAACUUUAAAAUGAACAGAGAUCAUUAAAAUUCAAAAGAAUGCUAUUUAAGUUUAAAAUAUUAUUCAUUUAGAACUGAGCAAAUAUUUUUUCAAAAUUAUUAUCGUGAACCUAACUGUUUUUCUCCUUAUUUUUGUUCACUUUGAGAUGAAAUGAUCCAAUACCACACAUCAAAAUAUUCGGAGCAAAAGCGUAGGCGCGACAUGGAAGGAGAGAAAGCAAAAAAUAAAAGAAAUGCCAUUUUUACAAUAUUCGAAUAUAGGAAACAUUAAUGUUAAACGGAGGGAAAGAAAAAAAGCAAAGCAAAACCUAUAGCAAAGAAUGUAAAACACAGACAAAACCAAUAUAUUAAAAAAUACUAUAAUUGCGUAUGGAAAGCCGAAAACCAGACACUAAAACUAAACGGAUUCAAAAUCAAGCCAAUAUUCGUAGGAUUUGAAAAUAUCGUGUUUUUUUUUUGUUCUGGACGGGGAGAAGGAAGAAGAUAACGGAAUCAAAACCAGAGCAUAUAAGCGUUAUGCAGUUUAAAUAUGAGAUAAUAUUGAAACGAGGGAAGCGCGAUUAUACCGAGUAUAUACCGUAAAUGAAAUGAAAGCAAAAACACUGUAAACACACACUCUCAUGAUGAAUUGUCGAAUACAAUUUUCGAAUUAUAUAUACAAUACACAUUUUUACGUGAAAGGUGUUGAUUGAAAAUAUAAAACAAAAUAAUGAAAAAAAAAGAUAAAAAAUAAAACAAGCACAGGGAAAUGGCGCGAAUUGCGUAAUCGAAACAAGAAAAAAAAACACUGAAAAUAACCGGCAAUUCGCGUGCGACGAGGUGAUGAUCAAGCAGCGCAUAAAAGCAGAAA